CGCGCGCGCCAUUCGCUCACAGACCGCCGCGCAAGCAUGAUCCUGCCCGCUAGAGCCAUGUCCCCGCACGGGGCCUUCCACCCUCCGACACACGACGAGGAGCCAGUCUCCCGGACAUACCAGUACCGCAAAGUCAUGAAACCCAUGCUGGAGAGGAAAAGACGUGCCCGCAUCAACCGCUGCCUCGACGAGCUCAAAGACCUCAUGGUGACGGCGCUCCAAGCGGAAGGAGAGAAUGUAUCUAAGCUGGAGAAAGCUGACAUACUGGAGCUCACAGUGCGACACCUUCACAGCCUGAAACGGCGAGGCCAGCUCGUGUUGAAGCCGGAGAUGUCCUACGCUGAAAGAUUCCGCGCGGGCUUCGCUCAGUGCGCCACCGAAGUGUCUCAGUUCAUCACCAACGCGACCGUUGCCGCUAACGCCAUGCACCGGCAAGGCCCUGUUGAUCCCCAAGCCGGAGCGAGAUUACUGCAGCAUCUGAGCAACUGUAUAAGAAGGCUAGAGGCGCCACCUCAGCCGCAGCCGCAGCAGUUGACCGGUGUAGCGCGACCGACGCCGGUGCAGCCUGUUCCUCAACACCCUCAACCGGUACAAAGGAUAGGGGUGAAGAGGCUGGCCGAGGAGCACAUAGACGUGGAGACGGUGUGCAAGAAAAUGUACGCGCCGCCCUCCCCGCCCCACAGCCCCGCCUCCGACAUAGACCCCGCCCAGUCGAUGUGGCGGCCCUGGUGAUCAUCAUCAUAAUAAUCACCAUCGUGGUGAUCAGUGACAGUGUGAUAGUGUUAGUUCCUGGGCCUUUAGCCGACACGUUUUCUUCAUCGUUUGUCUCACAGUUUAUUUAAAGUAGUUUUAUAGAGUUUCUAAA